AUGCCAUACGGAGGGCUGGCACCUCUAAAGCCUGCACCGGUGCUUUGGCACCUUGUCAAGCUCCAAGUGACCUCCAACACCAGCCUGAAGCAGUGCGUGGCCAGUUGCACGAUGCCGGAAUGUCAAUCGAUGAAAUUCGCGCGCGGCGUGUGCCGACUCGCUAGGGAUACGGCUGACCACAGGAGCUACGCGUCGUUGGAAGAAAACGUUGAAGCCGCCUACAUUGAGCCGAUGUGUAUCCGCGCUCCGAACUGUAAUUUAACGGAAUGUAUAGAUUUAUGCUUUGCCGCGAAGAAAUUGAGCGGUUUCAACUGCUCGUCGGCCACCUGGUACGGCAACGAUCGCGAGCAGAAUUGUCUCCUGAACUCGGGCACUCGAUGGUCUAGGAAUGCGGCCUUCAUCAAAUCCGACGUCCCGCUCGUCUACUUUGAAGCUUUUGAUGCCUCCCUGCGAACAAACUUCAGCCUAAAAACUAUAAAAAAAACGCUAACGCCCCCAAAUCAAUGGACAUUUUGGUCGACGUGCAGUCGGCCCGACGUUUUGUGGCGGCACAGAUAUAAAAAAUGCAGCGAGCCCGACGUCAGGCAUUGCGUAAAAGAAGUAGCACCUUGUAAAGUGAAAAAACGGAUGGCGAAAAGC